UAUAGCUCUCUUUGAAAAUAGCAUUACACUAUUUAACCCAACACAAUAAUUUUUUUUCUCAUUAACCCCAUUUUGCUACAAUCAAGUUUCAAUAUUCUUUCUUAUUAUUCAUGAGCAUGGCACCCCAUGGAGAAUCUUUGUUACCAAGCUCAAUAAUCACAAGGAACAAAAACACAUCAAAUAAACCAACAAAUGUCUCAAUAUCCGACCACCAUCUUCAACGAACAGUCUCCGAUAUUUCCUUCGAGCUAACGAAAGAAACAAUCGAUAAUUUAAAACUACCAUCGAUAUCCGAAGUCGAAGAUGCAAAAUGUGAGUGUUGUGGCAUGUCCGAGGAGUGCACACCGGAGUACAUAGAACGCGUUCGCUCAAAAUUCGAAGGAAAAUGGGUGUGUGGAUUGUGCGCGGAGGCGGUGAAAGAAGAGUGUGAGAAAAAUGGUGGGAAAAAAUUGGGAGAAGCUUUAAGUAGUCAUAUGAGUGCAUGUGUUAGGUUUAACAAAUAUGGAAGGGCUUUUCCUGUUUUGUAUCAAGCUCAAGCUAUGAAAGAGAUGUUGAAAAAGAGUAACCUAGAUGGGAGAAUUAGGGCUAAGUCAAUUAGUCCAAGGGACAAAAAAGGAGGAGGAGGGCUUGCUCGUAGUUCAAGUUGUAUUCCAGCACUUACAAGAGAGAUCAACAAUAUCAAAAUAGCCAAUUAAUUAAUCUAUAAUUGGUUAUCUUUAAGAAAGAUCUUCACAUAAUAACAUCAUAUUAUCCGAUUUUAUAUAAAAGAAAAUUUAGUUAAUG